AUGGGCACCUCACCAAUCACUCUGAGGGCCAUCCUGAGCUUCCUCUUCGCUUUUGUGCAGCUUACCUACGCCCUAAAAUUCGACCUCGUCGCCACCUCUGGCGGCGGCAACAACGAGCGAUGCAUUCGCAACUUCGUCUCGAAGGACCAGCUCGUCGUUGUCACUGCCACUGUUGGCGGUACGAAAGGUGAUGGCCAGAGAGUCAAUAUUCACAUCAAGGACGCCAUGGGCAAUGACCACGGUCGCCCUAAGGAUGUUGUCGGCGAAACGCGUCAACUGUUCACUUCGCCCGCAGACACGGCUUUCGACGUCUGCUUCGAGAACCAGCUUGUCGGCCACAACAGCAUCGUGAACCCCAGCCGCUCCAUCGAACUCGACGUCGACAUUGGCGCCGACGCCCGCGACUGGAACAGCAUCCAAUCGCAGGAGAAGCUCAAGCCCGUUGAAACAGACCUCCGCCGCAUCGAGGAGAUGGUUGCUGAUAUCGUGACUGAGAUGGAGUACCUGCGUGCGCGUGAGCAGCGUUUGCGUGAUACAAAUGAGAGCACCAAUGAGCGCGUGAAGUGGUUCGCUUUCGGAACUAUGGGUAUGCUUGUUGGUCUUGGUGCUUGGCAGGUUGUUUAUCUGAGGGCUUACUUCAGGAUACUGUGCAACAGGAUGUCUGCCCCACGUAUACUUUCUCGUCUUGCGCGACCUGUGCCAUCCUCCCUAAGCACAAUCGCAAGACAAAACCGCCAAUUCGGCGCAACAGCUCUACGCCUCAAAGAUGGCAGCGAUGAAGCUGCUCCCGAGGUGAAAGCUCACCGCGCAAACCAGGCCAACAAGCCCCCGAACCAAUUCGUGCCUCACUCUACCUCCACCAUGACAAAGGACUUCCCAAAUGUCGGCAAGAAGCCCGCGCCACCGGAGAUGCUGAACUCAGUCGAUCCCAAUUACAGACCGUCUGAUCCGUAUCCCGGAAGGAUUGAGCAUUUCACUGGUGGUCGCCAGGAUGACGGGGCGCAGAAGCCGGAGCUUGGCGUUGGUGAGAUGGAGGGUAUUACGUUCAAGGUUGAGCCUUUGAAGAGAGUUGGAGAGGAUCUUACCACGAAGAGGGCACGCCUGCUAUACCAAAGCCGCAAGCGCGGAAUCCUAGAGUCAGACCUGCUCCUUUCCACCUUCGCAGACGUCUACCUGGGCAAGAUGGACUACGAUCAGCUCGUCGAGUACGACGGCUUCCUCGAUGAGAACGAUUGGGACAUCUACUACUGGGCGACGCAAGAUCCGCCUGAGGAGAUCUCGGCCUCCGCUCCUAAGGAGGAUACCAUCACCGAGAAUUGGAAGGAGUCCAGUGCCAAGAGCGGUGAAUGGGCGCAAACUAUUGGCGCUUUCAGGGCGGCUUACCGACCUGUUCCGUCGCGCUGGCAGAAUUCCGAGGUUCUCGCGCUGCUCAGAGAACAUGUUCGUGAUAAGAGUGCUACUGGCUUUGAGAAGGCCAAGAAUAAGAAGACUGGCGGUGGCGGUGGCUUGGGGAGAAUGCCUGAUGUUCAGGUGUUUAACUCCUAA